AGCCGUUAGACGCCAGUGCCGCGCGGGGUGUCAACCGGUCCACACCUCUGUAACACCAGCUCCAGUCACACCUUCGCUCGCGUUCUGGAACCCACCUGUCACUAGCACACAAACUCUUGAAUGAACAUAGACACGUUUUGGUCUCGUCUUCGAUAUAAGUGUGGAAAGAAGACCCGAUACUCAAAACUAAAGUGAAUUCCGAACUGAUACACGAAGAACUUGCACCUCCAGAUCACUACCUCGCCGGCAUUGAAAUCCCUCCCCUGAAUCCAACGUGACGAUGAGGCUGGAGGCGAUGAGGGUGGCGGCGGUGAUGGCGGUGGCAGCGUUGGUGGCGGUGGAGGCGGCCUAUCCGGUGCCUCCCCUGGACUCCUCCGCGGCCCUGCAGGUGUUGCGGCGGCUGGGCCUGGACCGCGGCGGCUCCAUCCCCGCCGUGACGAAGGCGGAGAAGCUGCGUGAGGGCGACUCCCCCAUAUACUACAUCAAGAUGCCGCCGCUGCCCUACUACUACGUCAGCUCCAACGACCUGCAACAGCACCACGCCUACUCGGCACCGGCCGUUCCCUUCAAAAAGGUUGACAUCAACUUCACGAACAACGGUAAACCAACCCAAGUAUACCACUGGCCCCAACAAAGUACGAAGCCCUCUUUCUGGACGCCCCCGACCACCACCACCACGACCACCACCACCACGCCCCGCCCAACCACCACCCGUAGACCUACCAAGCGGCCAUGGCUGACGCUUAACAAGUAUUUCCCCUACAACGGACGUCCCUCCAGCGUGUACAUCUACAAGCCACAGCCCCACAUCAACGUAGAGAGAUACAAGCAGCAAUAUUUCAAGCACUUCAACUAUUAAUAAACUAAGACGGCACAAACUUGUAAAAUAUUUAGUGAACUGCGUGAGGAAACAAAGAAGGUUUCGAUAGACUAUAUCAAUGCAACAACCAAGAAGAUACAUCAUUUACACUAGCAGUAGAAAACUGUCGAACAGUGAAUUAAAUGCAGCCAGAAAAAGUAGUGUCUACAGACUAUAUCUGUGGAAGAACCCAGGAAAUUGAAUAUUCUACAAGUGGUUGUAGAAUAGAAUCAUUACCGAUAUCAUUAUACUGACACGAGAAUUUACAGACCUAUGGCAAUAAAGUUCGAAAUGAUAAAACGGAAGUUAGGGGCAAACCUUGUUCAGCCACAGGACGCCACCAGCGGCCGACCGUUUGCCUCACCUCUACACUUUGUCGCGUUCCUCGCAGUGUAUAGUCGAGGCUACGGACAGGAUGGACAUUAUUAACCUCUCCGCGCUAGGUGAGUCAAGGAGUGGUAGUGAAAGUCUCUGGCGGCGGUGCCAAUACUGGUGAGCGUGGUGCCUUGAUCGGUCACAGCUAUUGUCCAUUCUAACAAAUUCAUAUAGUAGCGAAUUGCGAUUUUAAUGUUAUCUCUCUCUCUCUCUCUCUCUCUCUCUCUCUCUCUCUCUCUCUCUCUCUCGUGUCGUGCAAUAAUAGGGAAGAGUGCUCCAUGUCUCUGGAUGAGCUCCCCUACAAACGUUUCCUCCACAAUACCGGCGUAAGUGUUACGAGAAAUAUAUUUUCCCUAAAAGAUGUUCAAGCAUGACAGUGAUCCUUGAGGAGAGGAGAGUGACAGGGGCAGGACCAUUCAGGAACGGUAAAGAUUCUUCCUUUUAAAAAUGGUAACUACUUCUGAGAAUGCGGUCAUUUCUAUACCAAUGAAUAUACUCUACAGUUGUUGCUUUUAUGCCACUGUUUAUAAUUUCCAGUCAUGUUAUAAAAAAAUAAAGAAAAUUUGCCCCUAGAAAACCACACUCCCAGGCUAAGUCCCUGCAUGCAUGCUUGUAAUAUAAUAGAUGUACAAAACCACCCAUAUAAUCUUAGUUAUUUGUAUGUAGUAGGCUUAUUGUUUUAUAUAUUUAUUACUGUAUAUUCGACAGACAAAUUACUGUUAUUAAAAGUUUUACCGAGACAGAAAUGGAAAACAUGUGUUGUCCCCGGUAAAUUAUCCAUGUGCAUACUUUACAAAAUAAAAAAAUAAUCAAUC